AACCAUGUAUGGAAUUUGAAAUUCCUAUGGUGAUGCAGCAGCUGUCAACCCACCUGCUGGUCAAAAUGCUUUUCUAUAAGAACAGCGACUGUGAGAGAGAGGUUGGUUAAUUCUUACUUGAAGUAAAAUACAAAAGAAUUAUAGCAUCAUGGUCAAGACCUUACUGUAACUCCAAUGAAUUUGGGAAGGAUGUCGUCGAAGAAAUCUGGCUCAAGCAGCGUCGAGAAACCAUUGUCAUUGGAAGAACAGCAAGCAAAGAUCAAUGAGGUUCGAAAGCUUUUAGGUCCACUGAAUGAAGCGCUGCCAAUCUUCUGUUCGGACACUUUGAUAUCAAGGUACCUCCGAGCGAGGAACUGGAAUACUAAAAAGGCGAGUAAGAUACUGAAAGAAACAUUGAAGUGGAGACUGGAACACAAGCCUGAAAAAAUCAAAUGGGAAGAUGUGGCCCAGGAAGCGGAGACAGGAAAGAUCUACCGGGCGAAUUACCUUGACAAGCAUGGAAGGACGGUUCUAGUCAUGAGACCUGGUUUCCAGAACACAAGCUCAUCAAAAGGGCAGAUCAAGUACUUGGUAUACUGCAUCGAGAAUGCGAUUUUUAACUUGGGGCCUGAUCAGGAGCAGAUGGUUUGGCUCGUUGAUUUCCAAGGUUGGAAUCCGUCGAGCAUAUCUGUGAAGGUAACCCGUGAGACAGCUCAUGUGCUGCAGAACUACUACCCUGAGAGGCUUGGCCUGGGAAUCCUCUACAACCCCCCGAAGAUAUUCGAAUCAUUCUGGAAGAUUGUGAAACCCUUUCUAGAGCCCAAGACAUACAAGAAAGCGAGGUUCGUCUACUCAGACAACAUGGACAGUCAGAAGAUCAUGGAGGACCUUUUCAACUUGGACAAGCUCGAAUCCACGUUUGGUGGGCGGAGCUCAAUUGGGUUUGAUUACAAAGAGUACGGAGACCGAAUGAAGGGCGACGAUGAAAGAAAGAUGUCCUCUUCCUUGAUCUUGGAAUCUUCAACCGUCGAAUCGGUUAUCCAGCUAUCUGAGCCAUUAGUUUUAGACCCCAGUUCAGACGCCUCAGAUGAAGCUUCUGCAUCAAGUGAUCUUCCUUCUCCAAAUUCUGGAGUCGUUGAUUACUCAUCGGACGGUAAGAUACAACCCCAGCUCAGCUGCAAGGAGAUUGCAAAGGUAGCUGGAGCAGAUGCACAAGAUAUGUCGCAACUGACUGAAUCAGCUAAAGACUUGCAAGCUAUAGGCUAAUGGCUAUAUGAUGAACAUGGCACAUGUAUGCAAGAUCCGGGCCUUUCAUCAGGCGGGACCUACUAGAAACUGCCAUGGCCAGAAAAUCAGACCCGUCCACUCGUUAGCUGGGCUGCAUGUGUAUGAGGAGAGCCAUUAGAUAAGGUGACAAGCAGCAUGUAUUCAAUGUAUACACGCAGCACACUUGAUGAGUGGACCAACCUGAUUCUUUUGGGUGGAGCCCGUUAACAGUGGGCUCCACCAGAUGAAUAGCCAGGAUAUUGCACACAUGUUCUUAGAAGACCAUCUUUAACCUCCUAAACAGAGCUCUUCUUGAAUUCAAACACUUUGUAACGGCUACUCUUGCAAAGGUUACAAACCAUGAUCAUCUUGUGGGUGAAUGGUAAUCCCAUCAUUCAAAUGUUUUAAGCUUUCUUAUUUUGUAAUACUAAAAUAUCCUGUAUCCUCCCUAAACUACGCGUCUUAUCAUUAAAUACCAAUAAUACCACUGACUCGCAUUUGUGAGAA